AUGGAAAAUCAUGUUGUUUGUGUACCAUUUCCUGCACAAGGUCACAUAAGGCCUAUGCUAAAACUUACUCAACUCCUCCAUUUUAAAUUCGAGUUUAGCAUAACUUUCAUAAACACGCACCACAUCCACCAAACCUUGUUUAAAAAUCACCAUCGUUCACCAGAAGACGAUGAUCCAAAAGAUAUUCUUUCUGCCAUCAACUCUAUUGUCACUAAUAAAUUGGAGCUCCCGCUUAAGGAGCUCCUUGUGACAAAACUACUAGACAAUUAUAAUAGUAAUAGUGAUUGUUUGCAACCGCGAGUUAGUUGUAUGAUUAGCGAUGUUGGUAUGUCUUCUUUCACACUUAGAGUGGCUGAAGAAUUGGGGAUUCGUGCUGUGCUACUUGAGACUGCUAGUGCUUGUAGCCUUUUGGCUUAUUUCCAUUGUCGCCAACUUCUUGACAAGGGUAUCAUACCCCUUCAAGACCAAAGUUGCCUCACAAAUGGUUAUCUUGAAAAGUCAAUAGAUUGGAUAUCAAGUUUGAAGAGAAUAUCCUUAAAAGACAUGCCAAGUUUUAUUAGAACAUUGAAUCCAAAUGAUAUGAAUCAUAUGAUGCUCAAUAUUGUUAUGUCAAAUGCACAUAGAGCUCUCAAGUCUGAAGCCAUCCUCAUCAACACAUUUGAUGCCUUGGAACAACAUGCCCUAGAAGAUCUCUCCACCAUUUUUCCUAACAUUCAUCCAAUUGGACCCCUUAAUUUGAUGGUGGAUCAUCAUAUAUCAAAAAAGGAUACCAUUAAUAGUGGACCCCUUAUGAAUAGUAAUGAGUAUAUGAAAUGGCUUGAUUCUCAAGAGCCUAAAUCUGUUCUCUAUGUAAGUUUUGGCUCCCUUGUUGGAGUCGAUCAAGAGACGUUUAUUGAACUUGCUUGGGGGCUUGCAAAUAGCCUUACAAAGUUUUUAUGGAUUGUGAGAUCUGAUCAAGUCAUUGAAAAGAGUUGUACUAUUGAAUUCAAUCGAUUUAAGGAAGAGAUAAAUGGUAGGGGUGUGCUAGUCACUUGGUGUGACCAAGAGCAAGUAUUGGCGCAUCCUUCGAUUGGAGGGUUCUUUACACAUUGUGGUUGGAAUUCAACAAUUGAGAGCAUAAGUUAUGGGGUGCCAAUGAUUUGUUGGCCAUCGGCCGCAGACCAAUUGAUUAAUUCUUGGUAUUGUUGUAAUUGUCUUGGCAUUGGUAUGAAGAUGAGUGAACAUGUUAAAAGAGAUUAUGUUGAGAGGGUGGUGAAAGAGUUGAUGGAAACAAAAAAUGGUAAAGAGAUGGGGACAAAGGCUGCAAAGUGGAGAAACAUUGCAAUAGAAGCAACCAUGAGUUCACAUGGAUCUUCAUAUGAUAAUUUAAAGAAAGUAGUUAAUAAUGUAAUAAAAGUACAUCAAUAAGUCAAUAUUAAUCUCAUAUGUUGUUGAUCAUGAGACGAUUAAUAUAAUUACGUUAUAGUCAUAGUAAGAAGU